CCCGGGCUGCGACGCCUGCAGAGAAGACGCCUCGCGGGCUUCCACGUACGCACCCAACGCCUCUCCCCGGCGGAGAACACAUCCGGGUCGCUGGAACAGGUGCUUCAGGCCCCGCCCCUUCCCCUCUGGCGCUCAUUCCCACUUCCGACCGUCUCGGCCUUUUCCGCUUUUCUGGCUACUGUGUCUCCGCUUCACGAGAGCUUCCGGCCCCCAGACCCGGUUCUCGGCGCCCGUCUCCUGUCCCCGGCGGCUCGUCCUCAGCCCGACUCUCUCCGAGCCUUGGAGCUGCUCUGCCGUGAGUCUUCACGAGGCCUCUCGGGCUGAGGCCUGCAGCGCGCGCCGAGUCUGCGCAGACCCGACCCCGCGUUCCUAGUAGCUGGGUUGAGGCCGAGGCCGCCGCCGCCGCCGCCGUCUGGGGAUGCCGCGGCCGGGGUCCGCGCAGUGCUGGGCGGCCGUCGCGGGCCGUUGGGGCUGCAAGCUGCUCGUGCUGCUGCUACUGGUGCCCGGGCCUGGUGGUACCUCUGAGAUCACCUUCGAGCUUCCGGACAACGCCAAGCAGUGCUUCUACGAGGACAUCGCACAGGGCACCAAAUGCACUCUCGAGUUCCAGGUGAUUACUGGUGGUCACUAUGACGUAGAUUGUCGAUUAGAAGAUCCUGAUGGUAAAGUUUUAUACAAAGAAAUGAAGAAACAGUAUGAUAGUUUUACCUUCACAGCCUCCAAAAAUGGGACAUACAAAUUUUGCUUCAGCAAUGAGUUUUCUACUUUCACACAUAAAACCGUAUAUUUUGAUUUUCAAGUUGGAGAAGACCCACCUUUGUUUCCUAGUGAGAACCGAGUCAGUGCUCUUACCCAGAUGGAAUCUGCCUGUGUUUCAAUUCAUGAAGCUCUAAAGUCUGUCAUCGACUAUCAGACUCAUUUCCGUUUGAGAGAAGCUCAAGGGCGAAGCCGAGCAGAGGAUCUAAAUACAAGAGUGGCCUAUUGGUCAGUAGGCGAAGCUCUCAUUCUUCUGGUGGUUAGCAUAGGGCAGGUAUUUCUUUUAAAAAGCUUUUUCUCAGAUAAAAGAACCACCACAACUCGUGUUGGAUCAUAACUGCGUUUUGAGAAUUGACACACCAUUGCCACUGUAACAUUGCUGUCCUCUAAUUAAUUUUAGGUACUGAAGAACUUAAUAUUGGCAACAAUUUUGAAACCUUUUGCAUAGGCUUGUAGGAGGGAUGUACAAUGCAUAUCCCUAAACUGUGGAAAGGACACCUUUUUUUAUUUGUAAAGGUGGAAAAACUUCAGGACUUAUUUUGGGCUAUUCAUGUUAAUAUUCAACACCAAUGAUCUACUCUUUUCUCAGUUGUUUCUAUCUAUUCUUCACACACUAAACUUUGGUAUUUUGAUUCCUUUUAACCAUUUAAAAGUACUUUUCUUAUAGGUAGUCAAUAUUUUAAAACCUUAGAUUUAAUGUCUACAUGUGUUAUGGAGGAAGAAAAUUGCCUUUUGAUUGUUUAUAGUAAAUAAAAUUUUUGCUUUUAAGAAAACCAAAUGGGAUUAACUAUAGCCCAGCCCCUAUUCUGCCUAGUUUAAUUUUACAGGGAAACAUGUAUUACAGGAUUGUUAGUUAAUAUUGAUAUAAUUUGUAAUUGAUACAUUGUGGUAUAAUUUAUUUCUCAUUAGCUUGGAACAUGUCAAGAUUUUUGGUUUUUUAGGUUUAUUUUAUGAUUUAUAACCAGCUACAUUAUUUUUUCAUAAGGGCAUUCUUACUACACAGAAAACAGUAUGUAAACAUAACAGAGUUUAUAGUUUCUACAGGCCUUAAAAAUCAGACUGUUAUAACAGACUAAUUAUAGAAUCAUUUAAGACAUUAUAAUGGGGGCAAAUGAAAUGGAAAAACUUCCAUUGAGUUAUCUGUGUUUAUUACAUUUUCAGUGCUUUUACAAAGAAAAAAGUUUAUCUGUUUAAUUGUAGCAAUUUUAAUUGGCUGGUUCUUGCCGCAUCACUCCCCGUGUAAGUUGACAGUUGUACUGGUUUCACAUUUUACCCUUGUGGACGUGACACACUGAGAGGUUAGCUUCUUUAUUUUGUUUCUGUCUUGCACAUUUUAUUUCUAUAAUCUCUGGUUAGCAACCCUAAAAUAAUUUAACAAUUCAGAGUGCUGUGUGCUUCCCGUUUGGUAAUCUUCAUUGAUUGUACUUUAAUGAGUAUUAAAUAGUGCAUAUUCUAUAUACUAUUAGAGUUUAGACUGUGUUUGUAUCUUAUAACCUGUACAGAUUGAGUUGAUUGAAAUAGGAUUUCGUUCUGACUAUUCUAAAGUAGAAUACAAGACGUUGCAAAAUUGUAUAGAUGUUUAAAGUUUUUCUGUUUUUUUUUUUUUUUAAAUCCAGCUGCUUUUCUACCAUGCCUCUCUUCCCUCCCUAAAAGUGAAUCCUGAACGAGACUGUCACGUUACAGAGACUGUGAUGUAUGAUGCCAUAGAGUGCUGAUUGGAUGGCAUUUCUAGUCAGUUCCUGUUGCUGACUAGAAGUUAACUCUUAACUUUAUGCUGUCUUAAAAUGCAUAUAUACACUACUUGCACAUAAGAGCCAAACAAAUUCACAUUGUCCUGCUUGCUGUAGUGAUGUCAGAUGCCACAGUAGCAAGGGGUGAACAUGGUUUCAACCCUUUAAUUUUAAGAUUUUUGGAGACCAAAUAGCUACAACAUUUUUCAGUGGAUUAAGAAGGAAAAGUUAAGAUUUUGCAGAUUUGUCUAUUUGGAUUCUUGUGUUGGAUUGUCCUGCAGCUUUAUAAUUUACAUUUAUAUUUGAAAGUUUUAAGCACUAAUGUUAAUGGGGUUGAUAAACAUAGACGUAUGUAAAAUGUCCUUUUCUGGUUGACCAUCUACAUUAUUCUGGUCAGGUACUUUAUAAUUAAACAGUUGGGUAUGGAUCUUGCUGUUUGGCAUAGAUAGUGCACUCAUUUAAUCUGUGCCCUCAAACUUUGUGAUAUUAGACUAUUACCACAUAUAAUUUGAGAAAAGUAUUGAUACAUUAAAUAUUUUUAAAUCACCGCUUUUACCUGUUAUAGAGAAUAGCGUUGGCUUAGUCUAGUAACUGGUUAAAUUUGGAUGAGUAAACGCAACCGGAUAUGUAUAUAUAAAUUAGAAAAUACAUAUCUCUCCAAACAAAUGUUAAGUAAUCUUUUCUUCUUCCUCCUACAUAAUUUGUAGCUCAUCAUUUUUCCUUAAUUCUUUCAUGCUUGUCGCAGCAGUUUGAAUUUCCCAAAUAUUUAUGUUUGGACAUAAUGGCUCAGAGUACAUAUUUGAACAUCAUAGUUGUAUAUAUUUUUACAGUAGAAUAAAUAAUGGAAAGAGAGUUGAUAUACAAGUUUAUACUAAAAUUUCAACUGUGUGAAGAUACAUUUUAAGAUAUUACUUUGCUAAUAAUCUAAACAUUCUUUUUUCUAUUGAAGAAACAAAUGGUUCACAACUUUUCAUCCAGGCUUGACGGUAAUCAAAUCUGAAAAUACAGUGGACUGAAAAGCAGUUUUAUUCUUUGAAAGAUUUCAUUUCAAUCUCUGUACUGUCCAUUUUAGUUUCAGUUUGUAAAUGUGUAACAUUUGUAGCUAAAUAGGACAAAGCAGACCCUAUGACUAUUGUUUUCAAAAAUUAAAUUAAUAUAUAAAUAAUUCAAAUGGGUUUUUCAUUUACUUUUGAAAAGAAAAAAGUUUCUCUAACAGGAUUGCACCAAUUUCUUGUAGAAUAAAAAAAGAAUCUUUCAACAAA